AUGGCGAGUAGUACUGGAGCUGGUGGUGGGACCGGGUCUCCGUGCGGGGCAUGCAAGUUCCUGCGGCGAAAGUGCGCGGCGGACUGCGUGUUCGCGCCAUACUUCUGCUCGGAGCAAGGUCCCGCCAGAUUCGCGGCAAUACACAAGGUGUUCGGAGCUAGCAACGUCUCGAAACUGCUGCUGCACGUGCCGGUGCACGACCGGUGCGAGGCGGUCGUCACCAUUGCUUAUGAAGCUCAGGCCAGGAUCCGUGAUCCUGUCUAUGGCUGCGUUUCCCAUAUUUUUGCCUUGCAGCAACAGGUGGCAUAUUUGCAAGCUCAAGUGAUGCAGGUGAAAGCACAGCUGGCACAUAACCUAAUCAAUAAUAUGGAUUAUCAGUCAUCAUCAUCAAGAAAUCAUCAUAAUGCAGAUAAUAAUAAUAUUCAAUGGCCAGGAUCAUGCCACAACAAUAAUAAUAUUAAUAUGGGUCCAGCUGGCGGAUUAAUUGGAGGAUUACAAUCACAGUUUGCAGUUCAGAAUUAUAUGAAUCUAUCCAACAUUUCACCACAGAGCUCACUUGACUCCAUUAAUAUUAAUAAUAAUGAUGGGAUUAAUAAUAAUAAUAAUAAUAAUAGCAACGGUAUGCAAGAAAUUCAAAGCAGCAGUGACGAGUACGUGAUGACGUGUCCGCCACGUCACAGCAGGAAGCGCCACUCGCAGACUGACUUGAGUGAGCUUCAAGCGCUGGCCCUCAGAAUGAUGAAGAAUGAAAACUGCUGAUUAAUUUAAUUUGCUAUUUUUCAUCUUCUUUUUAAUUUCUAAUUAACUUUUGUUUUGUUUUUUGCCUUAUUAAUUUUGGUGGUAAGUGUUGUAUAUAAAAUGAGGGUAUAAUAUAUUAUAUAUCUAUAUAUAUUUCUUUGUUGAAUUAAUU